AUGCCCCCCCCUGCGCCCGGGGCCCGGCUCCGGCUCCUCGCCGCCGCCGCCCUGGCCGGCCUGGCCGUCAUCAGCCGAGGGCUGCUCUCCCAGAGCCUGGAGUUCAGCUCCCCUGCAGACAACUACACCGUGUGCGAAGGCGACAACGCCACCCUCAGCUGCUUCAUUGACGAGCAUGUGACCCGCGUGGCCUGGCUGAACCGCUCCAACAUCCUGUACGCUGGCAAUGACCGCUGGACCAGCGACCCGCGUGUGCGGCUGCUCAUCAACACGCCUGAAGAGUUCUCCAUCCUCAUCACCCAGGUGGGGCUCGGGGACGAGGGCCUCUACACCUGCUCCUUCCAGACCCGCCACCAGCCGUACACCACUCAGGUCUACCUCAUCGUCCACGUCCCUGCCCGCAUUGUGAACAUCUCCUCCCCUGUGACGGUAAACGAGGGAGGCAACGUAAAUCUGCUUUGCCUGGCUGUAGGGCGGCCAGAGCCCACGGUCACCUGGAGGCAGCUCCGAGACGGCUUCACUUCCGAGGGUGAGAUCUUGGAGAUUUCUGACAUCCAGCGGGGCCAGGCCGGGGAAUACGAGUGCGUGACUCACAACGGGGUUAACUCGGCGCCCGACAGCCGCCGCGUGCUGGUCACAGUCAACUAUCCCCCGACCAUUACGGACGUGACCAGCGCACGCACCGCCCUGGGCCGGGCAGCCCUUCUGCGCUGCGAAGCCAUGGCCGUGCCGCCUGCGGACUUCCAGUGGUACAAGGACGACAGACUGCUGAGCAGUGGCGCGGCCGAGGGCCUGAAGGUGCAGACGGAGCGCACCCGCUCGAUGCUUCUCUUCGCCAACGUGAGCGCCCGGCAUUACGGCAACUACACGUGCCGCGCCGCCAACCGGCUCGGAGCGUCCAGCGCCUCCAUGAGGCUCCUGCGCCCAGGAUCCCUGGAGAACUCAGCCCCGAGGCCCCCGGGGCCGCUGGCCCUGCUCUCCGCCCUGGGCUGGCUGUGGUGGAGGAUGUAGGUGCAGCCCAGGGCCUCCCCCUGCAGGGGGCCUCGGGCCAAGAGCAAGAGGAAAAGGGGGAGCCAGCGCCGUGGGUCUCGAGCGGGCAGAAGAGCUCUCAGCCACCGAGAAGGACGAGAGGAAGAGGAGGAGGAGGAGGAUCUUUAGAGAACCCAUCACUGUGAGGGAUAACGCAAAAUUAUGCAUCUUUCUACAGCCAUUCUCGCCACCCGUUCACGUUUCCAGUUGUGACCCACCCCCGCCACCCCACACCCCUCUCUUAGCUCAGGCUGUCAACGGGCUCGUGUGUGGGUGGGUGUGUGAGUGUGAGCCCGCACGUAUGUAUAGGUGUGUGUGGGGGGAGGCUGGAGGAGGGGACCAGCAGUCCUCCCCCGCUGCCACCCCGUGUCCCCUGCCCCGCCCUGCUGCCUCUCUCCUCUGGCUGGAGGUAGGUAUGUGGGUGCUUCUCUGUGAGGCUGUGAGAGAACGGCCAGGCUUUCCCACGUGUGCACGCUGCCCGCCCCUCCCCCUCGCUGUCACUAGGGCAGGUCUGGAGCUGGGCAGUUGCUCAGCCUUCGGGAAGAGGUGAGGGCUGCCUUGGCAGGUUCCUCCCUGCUGCGCCACCUGCUGCCUGUAGCCAGAGGCCCCAUCACUGGCUCAGUGGCCUGAGACCUUCCACUUGCCCUGCCCCUCCCCACCCUGGACUUUCUGGCCCCCUCCUGGGCCAUUCGGUGCUUCCAUCCAACUGUCAGGCUGGUGACAGAAGUCGCCUGUCUGCCUCAGUGCUUUGCCCCACCCCCGCCACCACUCCCCUUGGCCACCUGCAGUACCAACCAGCUCCCCCCGGCCCUGCAGCUGGCCCACAGGUGUGGGCUUCCCGGCCUCCCACUCCCUGGCCUCCACCAAAUGUACCUCCCAAAGGCUAACCUGACCGUCCUCACACACAGACACACACCCACACACCAGCGACUGUGACCAGCAAUAGCCCCCUGGCUCCAGCUGUCCUGUAGCCGGUGACCAGCUGUUGAUCCCUGGUGGGCCCCUGUUGUCAGGAAGGGAUGCUGAGGCUGUGGCCUCAGCUCUGAUUGUCAGAUACUCCACCCUGGUACACCACAACACACAGAGUUGGGGGGGGGAGGCGUCACAGACAUCCUGAGCCCAGAAAAGAUGCCAUGUCACCAGCUCCAACUCCCUGGAGACCCUCUAUAACCACCCACCCACCCACACCACACCACCCAGAGCUUGGUGGAGAAGAGGGCAGAGAGGGGCGGGGGAGCAAGGGGCAGUGACUGUACCUCAGACAGGGGCGUGGGCCCCAUCCCACAUUGUCUUCCAUUCCCAGGGUCCAGG